CAAGAGUAUGAAUUAGUCAUAGUCCAAAAAUAAAGACAAAAUGGAAUCAAGUCAUAUAAUAUCCAUUACAAAUGGAGAAGAAAACAACAACAAUAUUGCUCAUAUGAAGAAAGAAAAAACAACCCAAUUUCCACUUCCACCUAUUGUUUCCCAUCAUGGAAAAAAUAAAAUACACUCCUCUUUUGUUCCCAUUACUUCCUAUCUCAAAGACAAUAAGGAAAUAAAAAAUGAGUGUGACAUUAAGAAGAUGAUCCAUUGCAUCAAAGUUGGAAUCUCACUUGUCUUGGUUUCACUUCUUUAUAUUUUGAAUCCUUUGUUUGAUCAAGUUGGUGAAAAUGCAAUGUGGGCUAUCAUGACCGUUGUUGUCAUCUUUGAAUCCUCCGCAGGAGCUACACUAGGAAAAGGCAUAAAUCGUGGGAUAGGGACUAUUGUAGGAGGAGGAAUUGGAUGCUUGGCAGCAAUAUUAGCCCAAAACAUUGGGGGAGUUGGAAACUCAAUUUUCAUUGCUACUUCGGUGUAUAUAAUUGGAUCAAUGGCAACAUAUUUUCGACUAGUUCCAAAAAUAAAGAAUAGAUAUGAUUAUGGAGUAGUGGUGUUUAUGCUUACAUUCAAUCUAGUAGUGGUAUCUGGGUCACGUCCAGGUGUCAAAGUUUGGGAAGUAGCAAGAGAACGUUUAUUGACAAUUCUAAUGGGUUUCAUUGUUUGCAUUUGUGUGAGUUUGUUUGUCUUUCCUAUGUGGGCCAGUGAUGAACUUCAUUAUUCCAUUCUCUCAACAUUCCAGGAUCUUGCCAAUACAAUUCAAGGUUGCUUAGAGGAAUGUUCCAAAUCCGUCAAGGAAAAGGAAAAUCAAGCUGAUGCAAGCUUCACAAUUUGCAAGUCAGUGUUGAACUCCAAAUCAAAGGAUGAAUCAUUGGCAAAUUUUGCAAAAUGGGAGCCUUGGCAUGGAAAAUUUGGAUUUUCCUACCCAUGGGAAAAGUACUUAAAGAUUGGUGAAGUUCUUCGAGAGCUAGCUGCACUCAUUCUUGCAUUGGAAAGUUGCAUUCGUGCCUCAAAAAAGCCCACGUCAUGUUGGAAGAGUUCAAAAACAGUCCAAUUUGAACAGUGUGAAGCAAUUGGGUCGAGGCUUGUUUGGACUCUAAGAGAAAUUGGAGAUAAUAUGAAACAAAUGAAAAAAUGUGAAGAAGUGGACAGCAUUAUGGCUAAGUUGAAAUCAACAAGAGAAGAGUUGAGUUUGGUAAUUUCCACAUCCAUGAUAGCUGAAUUUGAGAAUGGAGAAGUGCUAGCAAUUGCAAGCUUGGUGUUCUUGCUUAUGGAAGUGGUGGAGAAAGUUGAAGAAUUGGUUAAAGAGGUUAAGGAACUCGGAGAUAUGGCUCGUUUUCGUACCCGAGUAACUUCAGAGUCUUCGUAGAUAUAUUAUAUAUCAAAGUCUCUUUCUCUUGAGAAUGGAAGGAAUAUAUAUAAAGAAGGAAAAAAAAAGAUAAAUGAUAUAUCAAAUAUAUAUGUAUAUAUAAAGUAUUAACCACUCACGAUUUAUAAAUAGAUUUGAGUGUACUAUCUAAUUAGUAAGUAAUUGACUAUUUAUAAAAAAAAAAUGCAAUUAGCGUA